CGUUCCCACCACAAUUCAAAUCACGCUCCCCUCUCCAUCGAUCCACCCCCAAUAUACGUGGCUCUGCUUCCUCUUCCCCUGUUCCUCCUCCCCUGUUUCCUCUCGUUCUUCUCCAACUCACCCUGUUUCUCUCACCAAAUGCCCGUAGUACGCUGCUAACCAUGUCCAUGUCCAUCGCGCUCCACGCCGUCCUCCCCCCCGCAGCCGCAACUCCCCGUCGGCGGCCCACCCGCCUCCGAGCGAGCUCGACGGAGGCGCCAGCGAGCGGGGAGAAGGGGCAAGAGGACACGGACAGGAAGAGUGGAACGGGGAUGAGGAGGAGGAGGAGGAGAGCGAAGAAGGUGCAGGAGGUGGGGCUGGAGGCCCUCUACGACGACGGCUUCGGGGAGGCCACCGUCAGGGACUACUUCGACGCGCUGAGGGCCACGCCGCUCGACGGCGGCGGCGGCGGCGGCCCCCCGCGGUGGUUCUGCCCCGUCGAGUGCGGCCCGCCGGCGGUCCACGCGCCGCCGCUGCUGCUCUUCUUGCCAGGAAUCGACGGUGUUGGAAUGGAACUUAUCAUGCAGCACAAAUCUUUGGGCAAGGAAAUAAGGCUUCGUUCGAUGCAGCAUAAAAAUCGAGCAUUUCAGGGGGUAUUUGAGGUCCGCUGCUUGCAUAUACCGGUCAAUGAUCGUACACCAUAUGAAGGGGAGCAGAGCAUAAUGUUGCCAAGUGGUAUGCCAUAUAUGGUGUGGACUCCAUGGUGCUUGUGGUCAUUGUCAUGGUCUUGGUUGUUACAAAUUAUGGAGGAAUCUGUCAAAUAUGAGCACAAUUUGUCACCAAACAGACCAAUAUAUAUCAUUGGAGAUUCCUUUGGUGGAUGUUUGGCUCUUUCUUUGGCAUCACGAAAUCCAGAAAUUGAUUUGGUUCUUAUACUAGUAAAUCCAGCAACAUCAUUUGCGAAAACUCCGUUGCAGGCAAUAUUGCCUCUUUUGGAAAUGGUGCCAAGCAACCUUCCUGUCACUCUCCCUCACCUUCUCAGAUAUUUGAUUGGUGAUCCUCUUAAGAUGGCAAUGGUUAGCAUUCAGAACAAUACCUCUCCUCAAGAUACUCUGGAAAGUUUUUCAGACAGUCUUUCUUCAAUGCUACCUUUACUUUCAGAAUUUGGACAUAUCGUACGAAUGGAUACUCUUGUGUGGAAGCUCAAGCUUCUUAUGUCAGGUGUAGACUAUACAAACUCUCGUCUUAAUGCAGUACAAGCAGAAAUUCUGCUUCUUGCCAGUGGCAAUGACAAUCUUCCUCCAAGUGGAGAAGCAGAUCGACUGUUUAAGGCACUGAAAAGUUGCAAAGUUCGAUACUUCAGGACUUCCAGCGAUAGAUUACUCAUGGAGAGCAGCUUUAAUCUGCUAACUGUCAUAAAAGGAGCCAGCAUGUACCGCCAGGGCAAACAAAGGGACACUAUCACUGAUUUCCUCCCACCUACAAUAAGUGAAUUCAAGAGAACAUUUGGUGAAGAUUUCAAGCUGCUUCACCAUUUGCUGAGCCCAGUCAUGCUAUCUACUCUGAGAAACGGCAAAAUCGUCCGCGGCCUCGCCGGUGUUCCUGACAAAGGCCCCGUCCUGUUGGUGGGUUACCAUCAGCUGUUGGCAAUGGAGAUCACUUCAAUGGCUGAAGAGUUCUUGAGGGAGAAGAAAGCAGUUCUGCGAACUUUGGCUCAUCCAGUGUUUUUUGUGGGGAAUUAUGAGAUUUUGCGCCAGGAGCUAUCUUUUUUUGACGUAGUCCCAUUGUAUGGGGGAGUACAAGUCAGUCCGAUUAAUACAUAUAGGUUAUUUGAGAGAGAUGAAUUUGUUCUCCUCUAUCCUGGUGGUAUUCGAGAAGCUCUACAUAGAAAGGAUGAAGACUACCAGUUGUUUUGGCCAGAUCAACCAGAAUUUGUAAGAAUGGCAGCACAGUUUGGAGUUACUGUCAUACCAUUCGGUUGUGUAGGAGAAGAUGACAUGUUAGAGAUAGUUCUGGAUUACAAUGAACUAAAGAACAUCCCUUAUAUCAGAGAAACAAUAGAGUCGUUCAACCAAGAUUGUCCAGGAGUAAGGGUGCAACCUUUUGUGAGUUUUGUUUCAGGAGUACUGUAAAAGGAGAGGAAGGAAAUCAGGUCUUACACUUGCCUGCUGUUCUACCUAAAUUACCAGGUCGGCUAUACUAUCUAUUUGGAAAACCAAUUGAAAUGAAAGGAAUGGACGGUGUACAGAGGGAUAGGGAGAGUGCAAACCAAUUAUAUUUGGACAUCAAGUCAGAGGUGGAGAAUAUAAUGUCUUAUCUGAAGAGGAAGAGAGAGCAAGAUCCUUACCGAAGCAUCACAGCGCGCACGUUUUAUCAGGCAACAUGGGGAGUUACUGCUCAAAUCCCUACUUUCGAACCAUGAAAAUUAGGUUCAAAUGUAUUUUGUGGGAAUGAGAUUAAUUUAUGAACAUUGACAGCAGAAAGGGUGGGAAAGAAGAUAAGAUAAAUACCACCUAUUGCUUGUUCUAUUAAAAAAAAAAGAACAAGAAAAGGACAGGUCUGUUUUACUUUCUUCUUCAGGAUUCAGGAAGGCAAAAUUUUCACAAUUUUUGACAAUUUGACCCUUUGAAAAAACUAAUUUUACAAAUGAACCGCCGCCAAAACUUAUUUAAAAAAUGACCCUUUUGUUCAGUGCCAAAUCAUCUGGCGCUGAACUUAGACACCUCAGCGCCACGUCGACUGGCGCUGAAUGUCGUGCCACUGCGGACAGGAGGCUAAGUCAACAUGCCAACGAACAUUCAGCGCCACGCUAUUUGGCGCUGAGGUGUCUAAGUUCAGCGUCACACGAUUUGGUGCUGAACAAAAGGGUCAUUUUUGAAAUAAGUUUUAGUGGCGGUUCAUUUGUAAAAAUAGUUUUUGUAAAGGGUCAAAUUGUCAAAAUUUGUGCAAAAUUUUGGGAUAUGUUGCAGCUUGUCAUGUACUUCCCAUAUUCCAUAUGCCAAUUGCAUUGGAGUAAACUCUUAGAUUAAUGAGUUAGGCCCAAUUAAAUCCUAAUAAAUUCCAUUGGCCCACAUUUA